AUGAAACGUUUUUCUGUUGACAUUGCCAUCAGGUCAUCGCUGAAUAAAUGUUGUCUAGUAUGGAAACAACUUAUAAACAGACCAGUCGCUAGUUCAGAGAAGAAGAGAAUGAAACUGCCUUAUCUAAUUCUUAUUUGUGCUAUUGCUUUUCUACAAUUAGCCUCGUUACGUUACAUAGCCGACAGAGAUGGGGCUAGUUUUGUUGAUUCGGGAAGAGAAUUCCAGUCACGUAUAACAGAAGACGAUGCUGUGAAGAAAAAUACGCCCCUUUUGUGGGGCGAUGGUACAUUCACUUGUGAAUAUUUCUGUUAUACACCAAGCCACAAUACCAGUGACUAUUUCCCUCCAGUGUUUCCAGACCCAUGUACACCAACGGAUCUUUUGCCUUCCUACGUUACAUCUCAGGGAGAGACUAGUGUUCAGGUGUUCUGGACAGAACCAUUAGCUACAGACAGAAACGGGGAAAUACCAAGAAUUGAGCAAGUUAUUGGUAGUACGAAUGGUUCUUAUUUCAACGGUUCGGCUGUUGGACGUAAAUACGACAUUGUGUAUCUUGCAACAGACGAAGAAGAAAUGAGAGACAGUUGUCAUUUCGUAUUUAAAGUAUACGAUGAGGUUAAGUGCACUGCGCCAGCGGCAGUAGGAAAUGGUCACUAUCAAUGUACAAAUGGGUUAAUGCCAGGAAGUUCAUGUACAUAUAGAUGUAUUGAGGGAUACGUAAUGACUGGGGAUGCAGAUGUCAUUUGUCAGUCAGGAAGUCAGAGCUUUCCCGUCUGGUCACCUGCACCAACAUGUGAAGUUGUUCACUGCAUUGUGCCGUCUUUUCCGGAAAAUGGGAACAUGCAUUGCAACGAUCAAACUUUUGCUUAUCAGUCAGUCUGUUUUGUUACGUGCAAGAGCGGGUUUACAGCCGAUGGGCCCAUUUAUAUGACUUGUCAGGCAAAUGGGUUCUGGUCAAAGCCUACAACUUGUACAUAUCCAGAACCUCUGGCUGUACGCUGUAUUUCGCCUCAAGUCUUCUACACAGGUUCACAACAAACAUCGGUCGCAGUAAUUUGGCAGCGUCCAACAUCAGCUGCUAUUGUAAACAACAUGGUAGAAAUAUAUCAAACUGAGGGUCCGACUCCAGGUGACAUUCUAGAUUCUGGACUACAUACAGUGUCAUAUAAAAUGUCCAGUGAAGAAUCAAACGAAUCUGCGGAGUGUACGGUGGAUUUGCACAUAAAAGUCGUUACAUGUGAGGACCCGGCCCUAACAUUCAAUGACAGCUUUAUGGUAUACAAUUGCUCAUUACCAACACUAAUAUUGGGAACAACCUGCUUGAUCUCUUGUCGAAACAAUCUACAGGUAGAAGGUAACCCUUCUGUAACUUGUGUUGACAAUGGACAAAAGCAAGGCGUGUGGAACUGGGGACAUGGCGGAAAACCAUUUUGCAACGAAACAUUGCCAGCAUGUCCCCGGAACCUUAAUAGACCAGUAAACGGUAAAUUAUUAUACAAAAACGACACAUCACCAAAGGUACUAGUUAGCUGUAAUGACGGAUUUGAUUUGCAGUACGAGUUUUCUGGAAAUGUGUCAUGUGCGAACGGAGAAUGGGUGUAUGAUCAAAUACCGGAAUGUACUGUUGAAAAGCGGCCUGACUAUAUCCUUGAAGCUGGGGUAUAUUUCUAUGGACAAGGAUGCUCGGAAAACGCAUCUGAAUACUAUCAGGAAUACAAAACCACAUUCCUAAAUGAAUUUAGGGAACUUAUUACGGCCGAAUGUCCGGAGAAUAAAACUUGCAAAGUGGACAAUGUGAGCAUCGAAUGUGGUCCAACAACACAUACACGGACUAGGAGAGAACAACCCGAAAGUCGUUGUAAUUUAAUGGAUCUUGUACUGGAUGCAGUCCAUAGUCGUUUCACAAGAAGUGCUUCACAUACAUUUCUCAUCAGUUUUACUAUCAGCGUCGAAGCUGCCGCAAACAUAUCAUCAUUGGACUACCAUGAGGACAUGGUCAGACAAAUAUGGGAAAACAAUCGUAAAUGGGUCGUCUCCAGUGUUCUUGGAAUGUUACAAGUUACAGGCGAUUUCCUAGUGGAAUACUGGAAUAUCGUCAAUUAUACCACUCCAACAUGCGAAAAGAAUUACAUCCUAUCUGGAUUACAAUGUAAAACAUGUUCUGUUGGAAACGUUUUAAACUACACAUUGAAUAAAUGUGAGAAGUGUCCAGUUGGGACAUACAAAGACAAAGAUGGAAUCGCACAUUGUUUAACAUGCCCUGAGGGGACUUCAACAAAGAAUAAAGGGACGGUCUCUGUCAGUGACUGUAAAGGUGAGAAUGUUUGCUGGUACACCUAA